AUUUCCGUAUGCUAUUUUUCACAAUUUUGUCCAAAUGCCCAUUUUAGAACCUUUGCGUCCUCAAUCAUCAUAUCUAAAAAUCAAAUAAAGCAUAAAUUAUGAUAAUAGGCUAACACCAUUUAAACAAAAUUCUGAGUAUACCACUAAAUUGAAAGGUCAUGAUUUGCACCAUUUUUCAUACCCCACACCAUCUUUCAAGCAUCUUGAUAAACCAAUUUGGGCAAAAUGAGUCAUCUCCCACUUGUUUUCUAAGAUCCAAUAAUGUUACCAUACAUUACAUGUAUAGAUCAGUUAUACAUCAACAGUAUAAGAUCUUAUAUUAUCCAUCGUUCCACACAAUAAAUAUUAGUAGUAUAUUAUGUUAAGUAUGUUCCUAACGUUUGCGGUUUUCAAGAUUUGCAAUAGUUAACAAAGUCGUCCAGUUGGAGUAUACUGCUCGUACUUAGAUUCCACUAGACAAAAUGCAGCAAAAGAAUAGAAAAGAAAAGGUGGAUGAGGCAGAAAAGAAGAUCUCAAAGUAAAUUCUCUACUGUAAUUAUAUAUAUUGUGAUACUAUAAUGUUUGGUCACACUCGCGCAUUUUAAUGUUUUAUUAUCGUAAUAAUUCAUAACUAUACAUGAAAUUAAUUUGAUAGUGUAACUGCAACAGCAACUAAAAUAAGUCCAGAUCGGCUAUAUGAUCCCGUUUUAAAUUCAUUUCACGCCAACUAAAGAGGGGGAAAUUCAAUUAAACAAUAGAAGCAAAAUAUUCUUAUUUAGUGCAUGACCUAUCUAAUAUAUUUUUUGGUGUGUAAUUUACUCAAACAGCAUGAGGCAACUGUUUGAAGCUACUCUAUAUUUAAUACGCCUCCAAAUUCCUAAUCUCAAUCAUAUACAUCUAUUUUCAUUUCCAAUAAUCAUAACAACAAAUAUGGAAAUUUGUGUUUGGAGAAAUCCCUUCUUGUUCAUCUUAUUUUACAUAAUCUUCUCUGUUUUUGUUCCAAGUCCAUCAGAAUGUUGUCAUUUGGUUGACAAAACAUCUUUGUUAGACUUUAAACAAAAAGUCACUUCUGAUCCUUCAAACUUAUUGAAAUCAUGGACACUUUCAACUGAUUGUUGCAAAUCUUGGGAAGGCAUUGCUUGUAAUUCCAAUGGAAGGGUUGUCAACGUCUCUCGCCCUGGCCUUUCUUCAGGGGACGAUUUCAUUAUCGAUACUUCAAUGUCUGGAACUCUUUCUCCUUCACUUGCUAAUCUUUCUUUUCUUGAAUUGCUUGAUCUUAGUAAUCUCAAGGACUUAACAGGCCCCAUUCCACCUGAAUUUGGCAAGUUAUCGCGCUUGAGUUACCUCUUUCUUGAUACUAACAAACUCUCAGGAUCUAUACCUGUCACAUUUAAAUAUCUACACCAACUUAAGAAGCUUUAUCUCAGUGAUAAUACUCUAUCUGGUACUAUCCCUUCGAGUAUUUUCGAAAGCUUCCUUUCACUCUCACAACUUGGUUUAUCAACAAAUCAACUUUCAGGUCCAAUACCAUCUUCAAUUGGGAAUUUAGUAUCAUUGUCCAAGCUUGAUAUGAGUCGAAAUAAGUUGUUUGGAAGCAUUCCAGAGAGUAUAGGAAGAUUGAAAAGUCUUUCAUAUGUUGAUUUGUCUGAGAAUGAGUUAUCUGGAAAGAUUCCAAACUCUAUUGGAAACCUUUCUCAAGUAUCUCUAAUGUAUCUGAACCAAAACCAAUUGAGAGGAAAAAUCCCUUCAUCAAUAUCUGGUCUCAGCUCAUUGGUGUUCUGCCGUUUAUCCGAAAACCAGCUGAGUGGCAGUAUUCCACCUUCUAUUGGGAAUCUUCCGAAGAUCCAAAGGCUAAUAUUUGAGAACAACAAGUUAAGUGGAAAACUGCCUGCAACACUUGGACAUCUUGUAACUCUCACUGAUAUGUACUUUUCCAAUAAUCUAUUUACAGGGAAAAUCCCAUCAAGUUUUGGUAAUCUGAAGAAUCUACAGAUACUAGAUUUGUCGAAAAAUAAGCUCAGUGGUGAAAUCCCUCAUCAGCUUGUGAAGUUAGUGAGUUUACAGACAUUGGAUCUGUCAUUUAAUCCUUUGGGGCUUUCAAGAAUACCAAACUGGUUUAAGAAACUAGGACUGUUUCGUCUCAUUUUGGCAAAGACUGGGAUUAGAGGGAAGCUUCCGAGUUGGUUGGCUUCAUCCUCAUUAUCAACACUUGAUUUAUCAAACAAUGGCUUGACAGGGAAGUUACCUACCUGGAUUGGUAACAUGACCAACCUUUCACUCUUGAAUUUGUCAAACAACGCCUUCCAUUCAUCGAUCCCUGAGGAAUUCAAGAACCUGACACUGCUGAUGGAUCUUGAUCUUCACUCAAACAGAUUUUCAGGCAACUUGAGAGCAAUUUUGUCCAAGAAUUUUCAAGACCCCCUUGGCCACUACAAUUCUAUUGAUCUUGCAUACAACAUGUUCAAUGGACCAUUAGACGAAAACAUAGGGAAUGAACCUGUCAUGGACUCUAUUUUGUCACUAAGUUUGUCCCACAAUCCAUUAACAGGACACAUACCAAAAUCACUGGGAAAUUUGACAACUUUGCAGGAAAUUAAACUAGCUGAGAAUGGGCUAACAGGUGGGAUUCCAACAGAACUUGGGAAUGCCAAAGAACUGAAAACAAUUCUACUUUCAAAUAACAAUUUGGAAGGUGCAAUACCAGCUCAGGUUCUGAAUUUGAAAGACCUACAAGAAUUUGAUGUAUCGGAAAAUCGACUAAGCGGUAGUAUCCCUCCUCAUAAAGCUAAAAUCCCAAAGUCUGCAUUUUUGGGAAAUCAUGGCUUGUGUGGAGCUCCACUUCCUCCUUGUAGCCACACAUAGUGGAAACCUUCAAACACAAUAUCUCCCUUUUACUUUAUUUAUUCUUCAUUUUCGACAUGAUUAUUCGUCAUAAUGUAUUGUAUUUCAGUUGUAAUCACUCAAAUAUUAUUCCUGCAAUCGAGAUAUAUAAACAGAAAACAUAAAAAUAAACAAAGAAAGAAUAAUAUUACUGCA